UUCUCAUUUUUCUUGACUACAAGUUAAACUGGUUGUAUCACUCCCUAGAUGGCUCCAUAUUCGUUUGAAGUACAGCACUUCCUCCUCUUGGACCUUGACCCAACCAAACCCCAGCUGUUACCUAACUCCCAUUUAUGCAUUCUGCCACUGGAGACCGGCAAGAAGAACAGUCUUUUUUGUUUUUUGAAAAAACCAAGUUGCCAUAUAUGGUUUCUCUAGCCUUUCAAAAUGUUUGGAAAAUCUUUUGUAAUCCUACUUCUGUUGGUGACCCCAGGAGAAGCAAGGAAGUCGUUUCUCAGUUUUCUGAACAUACAAAAUACUGAAAUACUGUCGUUUGCUAAGGCAGAAGAAACAGUCGUUGUAAGGUCUAGUUAUAAAGACAAACAGCCUAGCUCCAGCUACCUUUUUGUGAAACCAGACGAUCCAACGGUGCUGCAGGUGUUGAACGUGACCAAGACCUUGCUGGACGUCACAGACUUUACCAUCCGCCUAAUGACUUUCCCAGGAGAGACAAACCUGACCAUUCAACUCUGGGAUUCCGAAGGUAGGCAAAAAAGACUCAUCGAAGAGAUAAAGAAUGUUAAAAUCAGAGUGCUCGGAAAGACAGAAGACAGCCUCUUCCAGGCACCUAUGCAUGUCAAUAGAUACAUCUUGCUGCUUGUUUUAUCGAUGAUCCUUUUAAAUAAAUGUGCCUUUGGCUGCAAGAUUGAAUUCCAGGUACUUCAAACAGUAUGGAAGAGACCUCAGCCAGUCGUUCUUGGGGCAGUCACACAGUUUUUUCUUAUGCCAUUCUGUGGUUUUCUCCUGUCUCAGAUUUUGGGGUUGCCUAAAGCACAAGCUUUUGGAUUUGUAAUGACCUGCACAUGCCCAGGAGGAGGCGGGGGCUAUCUUUUUGCUCUCCUUCUGGAAGGAGAUGUCACUUUGGCCAUUUUGAUGACUUGCACAUCAACAUCCCUGGCCCUGAUAAUGAUGCCUGUCAAUUCGUACUUAUACAGUAGGCUGCUAGGAUUAGCAGGUAUAUUUCACGUUCCUGUUUUCAAGAUUGUGUCUACACUCCUUUUCAUCCUUACACCAAUAUCCGUCGGUGUAGUCAUCAAGCACAAGACUCCUGAGAAAGCAGUCUGUUUAGAGAGAGUAGUUCGGCCUCUGAGUUUGACUUUAAUGUUUGUUGGGAUCUAUUUGGCUUUCAGGAUGGGACUGGUGUUUCUGAAAACGGCUAACCUAGACGUGCUUCUUCUGGGACUGUUGGUUCCUGCACUGGGCUUUACGUUUGGCUAUUCCUUUGCUAAAGUCUAUUUGCUGCCUCUUCCUGUUUGCAAAACAGUUGCUAUCGAAAGCGGGAUGUUGAAUAGUUUCUUAGCCCUGGCCAUUAUUCAGCUCUCCUUUUCACAGUCCAAGGCAUAUGAAGCCUCUGUAGCUCCUUUUACAGUAGCCAUGUGUUCUGGAUGUGAAAUGUUACUGCUCCUUCUGGUUUACAAGUGUAAGAAAAGAGGAACCCUUAGCACAGAAACUGAAAAAACUCCCUUAGUCUAAAACUUACAGCACUCCUAAUUCUUGCCCUGGCUGAGACACUGUGGGAGAUUCAACUAUGCAUAAAUAAUGCUUGCUCUAAAGUCAUCUGGCUAAAGCUUGGC